UAAAUUGUAUAAAUAAGUAUUUUUGAUUAAUUUUGGUUUUGAUAUGGUAGGAAAGGAUGGCUUCAGGGACAUUCUUUGCAAACCUCAUUUGUUUAACAGCUAUUUAAAAAAAGGAUUUCACAUUUGAGGACGAUGGAAACCUUAGUCCCCUGUGAGCCCAACAGAUGAGCAAUCAGAGAUGAGGUGGUGUGAUAUUUCUACAUCUCAUCUCCAUACCCUGUCUCCUUUCUACCUCUUCUCUUGUUUAAUGUCAUGAAACACCUCCAUGCUGUAAGCAGAUUGGGAGUCAGCAGGUGUGUGAAUGUGUGUGUUUUGACUUUAGUAAGGGGGGGGGGGGAAUGGGUAGCAUUACCAUUGCCAUAGUAACGGUAUGUUGUAGAAAAAAAACGAGCAAUUUGGCUGGUUUCCGUAGCAACAGGCAACAAAAUAUAGAAAUAUUUUUCAGCUGCAGAAAAGUUGUACCAGUUAAGGAAGGGAUGAUGAAUAAAUUCGCACUGAUUUUUAUCAACACUUUGCGUGAUCUAGAUCCUUAGAUUUCGCCAUAUUUCCGAGAAAUCCGACACACAAGUUUUAUUUGUGUCUCUGCAUCAGAGAGAGUGACUGAGAAGCAGGAGGCGGAGCAGAAGAGCAGCGAAGAGUCCGAUCAAGAUUAGAUUUCAGGUUUAAAGGGUGUUAAUUAGAGAUGUCUGGCUGGUUUGGUGGGCUGGAGUUGCCACGAUGAAGGGAAAAUCAACGACAAAAAGCCUUCUGCUGCAGAGGAAAUCUACAUCGGGCUGAUCUGGAAAACAGCUCAUACAGCCGGCAUCCCUUUAUUGCAUGCACCGCAUCACUCACCUACAAGCACAUUCCCAAGUCGACCACCCUUCAGACUGCGUGGUGACUUGAUGUUGCAGGGUGGAGCUGGACCAUCAUAUCCGAAGGGAUCUACAAAGCUGGUCCUCGCUGCUCCGUUUAGGGCUCCACAAAGCCCUUCUAAGUGCGUGCAACUGUUUGUUUGGUCAGGAUUUUUUUUUUUUUUUUUUUUUUUUGCAGAUAUUUAAAGGUCUGAUCAUGAGGACUUAUUGAGAUUUUUCUGUUGCGCACAGAGCCAAUCACGCAGCCUGCAGAAGGCUUCGAGGUAGUGGCCAUAAAAUGUAAACGAGCACAUCAGUUUGCUGGAGGAGCUUUUUCAGCGGAUGAGAGAACUCCGGGAACAGAGGCGCCGCUGGGACCGGAGCUGGCUCGCAUCCUCCCCGACUGGUGAUCUCCUGCUCCGGGGGAAAAAUUAUCCCUACGCCCGGGGUCUCCGCCUCCUGCCCGCAGCCACGGAGCCCACCGAUGCGUCCGGCGGCCCCUAAUGCUCGGCGGCGCUCCGGGGCUUUCCGGUCGGUGGGAGAGGCUCGAGCCGCGGCCGCGAGCUGGUAGGAUGCUGCGCCAGGUGUUGCACGCGGGAUUGAGGACGUCAUUCCAUGCGUUGGGCCGGUUCGUGGCCCGUCACGCGGUGUUCUUCGCGUCGACGCCCGUGCUGCUGUCCAUCCUGCUGGGGGCCAGCUUCAGCCGCUACCGCGUGGAGGGGGACGUGGAAAGCCUGCUUGCGCCCAAGCACAGCCUGGCCAAGAUUGAGGGCAACCUGGUGGAGAGCCUGUUCCCCGUCAACCGCUCCAAGCAUGCGCUCUACUCUGACCUGCAGACACCUGGACGCUACGGGCGCGUGAUCAUCACGGCCCGAAGGGGGAGCGUGCUGGAUCCGGUUCACCUGGAGACCAUUCUACAGCUCCACAGGCAGAUCUACCAGAUGCAGGUGACGGCCUCGGCUACAACAGUGGGCUCCACCAGCUUCAACUAUUCCUUCUCCUACCUCUGCCUCCCAGACGACAAGAACGUUUGCAUUGUCGAUGAUAUUAUCCGUGCCAUGGAGGAGAUCCAAUCUGCCCGGACCUCCAACCAAAGCGUCCCCAUUCUGCAGUACCCCAUCACGCAGUUGGUGGACGGGAGACAAGCGUACAUCGGCCACCAGUUGGGUGGCGUGCAGGGUUGGGGCCCCGGCGGGGCGGUGCGGGGUCACGGGACGGGGGCCAAAGGGGAAGGCGUCCGUUCUGCAAAAGCGGUGCAGCUCACGUACUACCUCCAAUCCCGAAGUGGGUUGAUGGAUCGGGUGGCUGGUCGAUGGGAAAAAGCCUUCUGUUCCGAGCUAAGCCUCUUUGGAGCAUUACACCCAAAGCUGGGGCUUUAUCCCUCCACGUCCUCCUCGUUAAGGACAGACUUCCAGUUCUCCUCUGUGCUGGCGCGUCGCCCCCUGCUGGCAAGUUUGGGAGUUUGCGGGGUGCUGGCCAUCCUCUGCUGCUCUAUGAGAGACUGCGUGAGGUCCAAACCCUGGUUAGGAAUGUUGGCUCUGCUGUCAGUCGCUCUGUCAGGCCUCACUGCUGCUGGAAUACUGAACCUAACUGGAGCUACCUACAACUCCACAUACCUGGGAAUCCCUUUCGUCAUGCUCGGUCACGGUCUUUUUGGCUCCUUUGAGAUGCUGUCAUCGUGGAGGCGAACUCGGGAGGACCAGCAUGUGAAAGAGCGAGUGGCGAGCGUGUUUGAGGACGUCAUGCUGCGUUUCUCUGGCUCCACCAUGAUCCACCUGAUGACGUUGGGCCUGGCUGCCUCACCGCUCACAAACAUGGAGGCCGUCCGGCUCUUCUGCCGCAGCGCUGCCCUUGCCAUCACCAUCAGCUACGUUUACAUGCUGUCCUUUUACAGUUCCUGUCUGGUGUUUACAGGCUACUUGGAGACAAGGUACAGACAUGGCUGCUUCUGUCGGCGAGUACCAAAACCAGAUCAGCUGGACUCAAAACCGGCUUGGUACCGGUGUUUGAUGUACACUCGUUACCAGGAUGAGACGCAAUCAACCAACCCACCUCAUGGAGUUGGUCAUACUCAUGUGCCAAAUCCUAACCUAACUCACGUGGAAACACAAACCGUGAACAGUUCUGGUGUGCGUGGACACGUGGCUAACUCCAUACAAACGCAAUCACCCCCUAACACUCAUUCAACAACAACAGUCACGGACCCUCAUCCUCAGGACUCCCAUCUUUUGCUGGGAUGUGUACGGCAUUGUUAUGGAGACUGGAUCACUAACACUUACGUCAAACCCUUCGUGGUUUUACUGUAUCUGGUUUACAUCUCCUUUGGCUUGAUGGGCUUUCUCCAGGUGACACAGGGAUCUGAUCCCAGUUCACUGGUUGCCAUGGAUACAGCAACAGUAUUGUACACACAUACACAGCAGCGCUACUUCAGCUCCUACUCACCAGUGAUUGGAUUCUACAUCUAUGAAAGCGCCCCCUAUUGGAACGACUCAGUGCAGCGCGACCUGUUGGAGUAUGCCAAAGGGUUCCAGAGGAUCAGCUGGCUGGAGGCGUACCUGAACUACCUAUCAGACUGCAACCAGUCCACUAGCCAGCCUCGUGAGAACUUUACCCGAACACUACGCCACUCUUUCCUGCGUGAGCCACAGUUUGCCCACUUUGCAGACGACAUCAUCUUCGCAGAGCGCGGCCAGGGGGAGGAGCCUGACGUGGCGGCCUCACGCAUCUUCUUGGUCGCCAAGACAACAGAGAACAAGCGCGAGGAGAUGUCAGUGCUGCUGGACACGCUGCGCCGCCUUUCUCUAACCUCUCGGGUUCGCUUCCUGAUAUUCAACCCCUCCUUUGUGUACUUGGACCGGUACGCAACGGCGGUCAGCUCCCCCCUCAAACACUCACUGCUGGCAGUGCUCUUCCUGUUGGGUCUGUCUUCUCUGGUCGUUGUGGAGCCGCUGGUCUCCCUGUGGCUUGGCCUCACCCUUCUCUCUGUCCAGUUUGGGGUUCUGGGCUUCAUGACUUUAUGGGGCGUGGAGAUGGACUGCGUGUCCGUGCUGUGUCUGAUCUCAGCUCUGGGCCACUCGGCGGACUGCAGCGGCCCCCUCCUCUGUGGCUUCACCUCAGGCCGCGGUGAAAGCAGGACUCGCUGGGUUCGUUUGGCGCUAGAACGACAUGGCAUUCCUUCUUUACAGACACUUGUGUGCUACAGCGCCGCCUUGGUGCCUGUCUGCUCUGUGCGCUCCAACCUUACACGCACACUUUUCCGCUGCCUCAUUCUAACGGCCGGCUGCUCGGCCCUGCACACGCUGGCCUUCCUGCCAACCCUCCUCACCUUCCUGCCCCCUUCCAAGAGCAGGGAUCAUCGGCCUGGGAGAGAGGGCCAGAGACAGGAGGUGGAGUGUGUUGAAAUGAAUGACAGCACAAGAGUGGUGGACCAGAUUACCACUGUUUGAACAUGUGAAGGCUAAAAGAUAAAGAAGAUUAAACAGAAAAAAUAGCAAACAUAGAUUAUAAGGAGAAAGGCAGGUCCUUAAUGCAAUGUAUCCUUGGUUUCCUGCUUAUAGGUAGGACUGUGUGGCGUAUAAAUGAGUUUUCUCCCAAACAAUCACAGGAUUGAAAAUGUGCCUGGAUGUAAAACACUUUUCAUUUUAAAACUUGCUUUAGAUUUUACCCUUUACUGCCUAAUGCUGUAUUUCUUUUGGUCAUAUCAUGUUGCACAAUUUGAGCUUAAAUGACAUGAGGUGAUCCUCUGUAUGACUUAGUAUUUCUUCUUUAAUGCUGGACAAAUAAAGUCAGAAUAAGA